AUGGAAUCUGGGAGAAGGGGAUGGAAUCUAGGAGAAGGGGAUGGAAUCUGGGAGAAGGGGAUGGAAUUUGGGAGAAGUGGAUGGAAUCAGGGAGAAGGGGAUGGAAUCUGGGAGAAGGGGAUGGAAUCUGGGAGAAGGGGAUGGAAUAUGGGAGAAGGGGAUGGAAUCUGGGAGAAGGGGAUAGAAUCUGGGAGAAGGGGAUGGAAUCUGGGAGAAGGGGAUGGAAUCAGGGAGAAGGGGAUGGAAUCUGAGAGAAGGGGAUGGAAUCUGGGAGAAGGGGAUGGAAUCUGGGAGAAGGGGAUGGAAUCUGGGAGAAGGGGAUGGAAUCUAGGAGAAGGGGAUGGAAUCUGUGAGAAGGGGAUGGAAUCAGGGAGAAGGGGAUGGAAUCUGGGAGAAGGGGAUGGAAUCUGGGAGAAGGGGAUUAAGGGGUGGAAUCUGGGAGAAGGAGAUGGAAUGAGGGAGAAGGGGAUGGAAUCUGGGAGAAGGGGAUGGAAUCUGGGAGAAGGGGAUGGAAUCUGGGAGAAGGGGAUGGAGUCUGGGAGGGCGGGAUGGAAUCUGGGAGAAGGAGAUAGAAUGAGGGAGAAGGGGAUGGAAUAUGGCAGAAGGGGAUGGAAUCUGGGAGAAGGGGAUGGAAUUUGGGAGAAGGGGAUGGAAUCUGGGAGAAGGGGAUGGAAUUUGGGAGAAGGGGAUGGAGUCACGAAGAAGGGGAUGGAAUAUGGGAGAAGGGGAUGGAAUCUGGGAGAAGGGGAUGGAAUAUGGGAGAAGGGGAUGGAAUCUGGGAGAAGGGGAUAG